AGAGCGAUUUAUCUUCAUAGCGCAUGCGCGAGUAUAAUGUUCAUUUGCGCCAAGAAAAUUGUUUGUGAUUUGUAUAUUUGUGUAACGUGUGUAUAUAUUUGUGUCAUAUGAAUUGAAGUAUAAUCUCAAGAUGACGGCCAGAACCUUCCUCUCAUUUUUGUCUGGAAGAGCAAUUUGCAUGGACAAAGAAAUACUGGGACCAUCGUAAAUUCUGUGGGUUGUUAGGACAUAGCUGAUUGAAUUAAAUCAGAAAUGAAGAGACUACGAUCAUAAUACAGAGUUUCCAAUUUGUGUUUUAUAUAGAUCAGUAUUUUAUUUAGUGUUAUGGCGUCUGUAGAAUACGAUUUGGAUACUUCAGGGGGAUUGAUGCCCCAAAUUCAAGCCUUGAUUGCUCCACCAGUUAGUGAAGAUGCUACCAAGGCAAAGAAAAAGGAAAGCAAAGACCUGCAUCCCUAUUACAAACGCCCAGGGAAAGGUCACAACCAUGAUUGCUGUGAUGCUUGUGGUGAAGGAGGAGACCUUUUGUGUUGUGAUAAAUGUCCAGCAUCCUUCCACUUUCAGUGCCAUGAUCCUCCACUUGAUGAAGCAGACUUGCCUAUUGGAGAAUGGCUCUGUCAUGCCUGUCGCAUGGAAGCAGCAAAGAAUCAAGAAACUGAGCAAGGAUCUGCAAAAGGUGAUUCUCGUGGUAGACAGCGUGGUGUCCGACGAGAUGCACCCGAACCAUCGGGUGGAGCUCCACCUGAGAAACGUGCCCGUCGAGAUCCUUGUGUCAUGGGCAUGGAAAUGCUGGUGCAGGCUGCAGCCGCCUUGAAUCCACGUCAAUUUGAUCUGCCUCGGGAACUCACCAUGAGUCUCCCAUUUCCUGGCACAGAUAAACAUCCUGGCCAGGCACGUAUUCCACCCCGACGUGGGUCAGUGAGUGUUAAGAAGAAACCCUAUGAACUUGACAAUGGCCUUGUGCCAUUACCUGUUCGGACAUGUUUUGAGUGUCGAAGGAGCUGUCGAAAGGCCCCUCUGGUUGCUUGUGACUACUGCCCGCUGCUCUUCCACCAGGACUGCCUGGAUCCACCUCUGACCUCACUGCCCUCCGGUCUCUGGAUGUGUCCCAACCACCCAGAGCAGUUCUUGGACAGUUCUUUGUUGACUUCCUGCUCAGCGUCGGAACGGGUCCGUCUCUGGGACCGUUAUUCUGGCCCCAUUGAUCAAGAUGCAAUAAAAGUAGAAUUUAUCCGUAAAGCCCAUCGCCAAAACCCUCCAUUCCGUUUCAAAGUGCGGCUGCCUCCAAGGAAUACUGUGCGGGUGCCGGAGGCCGUGAAGGCGCACUACGCGCAACCGCCGCCCUUGGUGCCUUCGCUGCGCACGGUGCUGCGCGAGGACGAGGCGCUGGUGGUGGCGGCGGCGGCGUGGCGACAGUCGAUGGCCUCCUGCUCCGCGGCCGCCGCUACCCCCGCGCCGGCCCACUGGUCGGGCGGCGACGCGGGUGCGGGGGCGGGCGCUACGGCGCACGAGCAGGCGCAGUGGCUGAGCUCGGUGGCCAGCCUCCAGCAGGCGGGCGCCGCCCCGCCCCUCCCGCGCCCGUCGACCCCCGCCGCGGGCCCGCCCGAGGACGCGGCGCCGACGUCGGCGGCGCGGCAGGGCGCCCGACGAGGGGCCUGGCGACCAAGGGAGGGGGAGGUGCAGGAGGAGGAGGAGGAAGCGGGACGAGGAAGCAGGAGAAGAGGAGGGCGAGAGAGGGCCGCGGGGCGCUGCCAACGGCCACGACGACCCGCCCGACCCGCCGCGCGCCCGCCCCGCGCGGCCCCACGCUAA